GUUUGUAACAUUGAUAACGCUACGCCAUUUGUAAUAUUUGCGCGUUUCACAUUUGGGAGGUAAAAUAAUCUUCUAUGUUUUUCACUUCUUGUUUCGCAUAUUACAAAUUGUUUGUUGUGUAAAAUGAGUUCAAGUAUAGAUCCAGCUAAAUUAAAAGUCGUUGAUUUACGCAACGAACUUUCCACCCGAGGAUUGGAUACGAAGGGAAAUAAAGCGGCUUUAGUGAAACGCUUGAAAGAUGCCCUGGAAAGUGAAUUGGAUAAAGAAAUACCCGAUACAUCGAUUGCAGAUACUUCUACCGAAGAUUUAGAUGUAUCUCAAACAGAAACCCCCAAGAAAUCUAAGCCAGCAGCUACUGAACAAUCGGAGGUCAAAGAUCUGCCUCCUCCCAAAACUCCUGAGAAACCAAAAGCUGCAGUUAAACCGGAAGUAACAAAAUCUCCAGAAAAACCAAAACCUGUUGAAAAAGUCGUUCCAGGAGUAGUACCUAAAUCCCCAGAAAAAGAAGUUAAAUCCACAGAAAAUGUAGUCAAAUCCCCGGAAAAGGUUGAAAAGUCCCCUGAGAAAGUAGCCAAAUCAUUGGGAAAGGUGACCAAUUCCUCACCAGAAAAGGUGGCCAAGUCCUUGGAUGAAGGUCAUUCGGCAUCAUCUGAUAAGAAAGAACCUGUUAAGGUUGUUGCCCAGGAAAAUUCAGCCUCUCCAACCAAAACUGUUGAGCAAGCAGAAGUAGAGCCAAGUGAUCAGGAUGUUCAAAAUGAUAAUGCGGCAGAAAAAAGCGAGACAUCUGAAAAAAUGGAAACUAACGAGGGGGAAGCAACAUCCGCUGCUGGCAAUGAAGCCUCCACUGAGGAUUCUGAGAAGAAAAGAGAGAAGAGGAAACGUGAUUCAGAUUCUCCCGAGAGGUCACAAAAGAAGAGACCUAGAUCGCCGAGGCCAAUUGAAGAAGAUGAACCUGCUAUUGAUAAUGACAAAGUUCAACUGAGUUGGUACGAUUCUGAUCUCAACCUACAAAUCGAUAAGGAGUCAUUUUUGUCCGCAAAGCCCCUUACAGAAUCGGCUUUCGGUUACGUUUGGGCUGGUGCCAGGGCUACUCACGGAGUUCAGUCUGGAAAAGUAUGUUAUGAAAUCAAAAUAACUGACGAAAUAAAGUGGGAAGACGAUUUCUCCCAGCAUAGGCAAUACGACAGAAGAGGUUCAAGUAGGUCGGAUAGAAGAGAUUCCUCCAGGAAGGAUUCCAAAUCCGAAGUCAAAAAAGCAGGCGAAGAUAAGAAGGACGAAAAGAUUGAGAAGUCUACGACUAACGAGAAGGAUGAAGAUGUUAAAAACUCUACGACUAACGAGACAGACAAAACCGAACAGCCGGCAGAAAAGAUGGAGACAACUACUGAGGAUUCCGAAACUAAAACUGAGACUUCUUCAGAGGUUGCGAAAACUGAUGAAUCCGGGGAAGUUCCUGUUUCCACUGAUAAUAGCGAAACGACACCUGAAGUACAGGAUAACAAUAAAUCUGAAGAGCCGAUGGAAACUGACACUACCACCGAAGCUAAAGAUAACGAAACCGAUACUAAGGAUGAGAAAGAAAAAGUCGAACCAGUAGUUGUUGAGAAGAAGGAACCACUUCCUACGCACUUCUUCAGAGUCGGGUGGUCGGUUUUAAAGAGUAGCUUGCAACUUGGAGAAGACGAGUUCUCUUAUGCGUACGAGUCUUCAGGAAAAUUCGCGAAUAACGGAAAAUUCACCGAUUAUGGAAUCAAGUUUGGAAAUGGCGACGUUAUUGGUGCAUUUUUGGAAAUUAAUGACACUGAUGUCAUAAUAACUUACACAGUCAAUGGAGAAGCUCAACCUGAGGCUGCUCGAAUUCCCAAAUCCGAUCUACCUGAAAACUUUGCUCUCUUCCCUCAUAUUUUGACUCGCAAUUACGCGUUCGAGAUUAAUCUUGGAGAAAAGGAAGAACCAUGGUUCCAGAAUCCAAGUACACUUACCGAUUUCACAUAUCUUAGUAAAGUAGAUGAGAGAAUUUCCGGACCCGUCAGGCCCGAAAACAGGUCAGAAUGCGAGGUGUUGCUGAUGUGUGGUCUCCCUGCGUCCGGUAAAACACACUGGGUGAAAGAACAUGUUGCUUCAAAUGAGAACAAAGAUUAUACUAUUUUGGGAAAAGUCUCAAUGUUGGAACGAAUGACGAUUUCUGGCGAGUCCCUCCAGUCUCAGUUUCAGGGAAAAUGGCAAGUUUUCCUUGACAGGAUGCAGAAAUCCCUUAACAGACUCCUCGGGAUGGCUGCCCUCCGCAGAAGGAACUAUAUUAUUGACCAGACAAACGUGUUUCCAUCAGCCCAACGUCGUAAAUUGCGGCCAUUUGAGGGCUUCAAGAGACGGGCGAUCAUAGUUGUAGUAGCAGACGAAGAGCAAGCUAGACGUCAAUCUUUACAAGAGGCUCAGGAGGGUAAAGGUGUUCCCGAAAGUACAAUUCUUGAAAUGAAAGCGGCCAUGAUCCUACCAGAAACAGGAGAAUGGCUAGAAGAAGUAUCCUAUGUUGGGGCUGAAGAAGCCGAAGCCAAAGAAAUUGUGAAAAAAUACAACACCUCUGGCAAGGAAGCUGGCUAUAGUACCGAAAGACGAUCACACGAUAAUAGAAGACAUGAUAAUCGUGGAAGAAACUUCAGAGGAAGUUGGAAUAACCAGUAUCAGAGGUUUGAUUCGAGAGGCAGAUGGAACAAUCAGAGAUCUCGAGGUGGUGGAGGAUGGAAUCGAGAUAGAUAUGAUAGCAGAGAUUACAGAGCUGGUAGUCGCUCGUACGGUGACAGGGACAGCUACCAAGACAACUACAGGUACCGCAGCCAACCGUACAGCCAAAGUGGCGGCGGCAGAGGGGCCAGAGGCGGCUGGGGCAGCGGCGGCGGCGGCAGCUGGGGCGGCCAGGGCGGCUGGAACCAGCGAGGCGGGGGCGGCAGCGGCGGUUACGGCGGCCAGAAUUGGGGCGGCAACAGCCAGUGGAAGAGCGGCGGAAGCGGGGGCGGUGGCGGCGGCGGCUACUGGAACAACUACGGCCAGUACCAACAAAAUUGGGGACAGCAAUAAUGUCGUCUACACUGUUGAACCAAAAUCAUUACAAAAGAAGAUGUUUUGUUCACUUGUGGUGUGGAUAGUCUAUAGAAGAAAAAGUACCAGUCCUUUCAUCUUAAUUUUCAUGACACACUUAGUUUUAAAAUUAUUUCAAGAAAUUGAAUGUCCAAGUUGUUUACGAUAGCUAGCCCACUCCAUCCAACCUACUUGAAUUUUGAAAUUUUGUUUUCUGGCUCACCUUUAUGCAAGCAAAUUGUCUUGGUUUUAUUUUUCUUCAACGUUUGAGAGUACUAAAUAUGUACCUUUUUCUUAGAUUAUUAUGUGUAAAUAGGUCCUUGUCGAAGGUUUUAGAUACAAUAUUGACGAUAGAUUUAUAUUAUCUUUUUUUUAAUAAUUCGACCUAAGUUUGUGUGGAAAUGUAUGAUUGUCUUUAUUUUUUUCAUUUCAUUUUAGUACAAAUUGUACUAUCAUGUUCUUUGAAGUAUUACUAACGAUUUGGGCAGAGAGUAUUGUGUGUGUAUAUAUACUAUAUUCCAAUAUUUUUUCAAAAAAUUUAUUAUGAUGUUCUCAAUCACAAUAUUGCAAAAUAUUAGUUUAUAUGUCUAUACUAAUUUUGCUUCAUUAUAGUUUCAAUGUGAAUAAUUCAUAUUAAAAUAAAUGUAGAUUAUGAACACUGGUUUUAUUUCUCAAUCCUCCGUCAUCACCAAAGAAAGAGAAAAUACGAUUUAUUACAAAUGACAAAAAAUAAUUGAAAACACUUCAUAGCAGAACUAUAAUUAUCAUUGAACAUAUUUCAAGGAUAAACAGAACAUAAUAUAAAAAUAUGUUAUUACUUUUUUCCACAAUGGAUCGAAGUAUUCGCGAUUUCUAAUUAAAUAUGUACAAGAUACAAAAAUAGCGAAAUUACAUCACUUCCCUAACCCUAAUUUCUUUGCUUCAACUUCAUAAAUUAACAACCUCCACAUUUUUACAACAAAUACUUCGGCUUCUUCGUCCAGCAC